AUGGCAGAACACACUCGGAGGUGGUCCUUGCAGCCAUGGGUACUAAGGCCAAUGCCCCCAAGCACAAUGCACAAGCGUUGGCCCAACGACAAGGUAUCUUCUAAGUGUGUUGUCACGACCAAGGAGGAGAUUCUCAAGGUUCCUUCCUCCCUGGAAGGACGGAGAUGGGUAUUUCUGAAGAAAGGGCAAGAUGACUUCAGGAGAGGCUGUCCAUCCUGUAAAGAUCUGAUAAUCCCAGGAUCCAAGGAGGCCUUUAUCCCAACGAUUAGUCGCUUAUAUCAACCCAGAGAUCCAACGAAGAUGCCCAGGAGUGCAACGCUGUAUUCUUCGCUCUCGCAAGCCCAGCAAGAACGCCGGGCAUUCGUGGACGCCGUUGAAGCCCGAAUAAACCAGAAGCACCCCUUGGCUCUCUAUCCGAAUCUGGAAGACAAUAUAUCCGAAGAUCUCUUACUGGAGGUGCUGCGAUUGCUGGACCCUGAAAGGGACCUGGAGAGUACGUGGGAUUAUUGUGAGAGCGGCAAGAAAAAAAUGGAAAUGGAGAAACCCUUUAAGUUACCUAAAAUCUCUAAAGAACUGAAAAUGAUCCUGGAACCUCCCAAGAUUCCUUGUACCCGUCGAGAACUUUUGCCUGUGAGAAAAAAGCGAAUCUCAAAGGAGUUGAUUGAAGCUGCUAUGCGCAGGUACAUACCCAAAGGAGUCUAUGACUUCUGCAAAUGGGUUCAGAGUCUUGGAGACAUACACAUUAGUGAACACAUGGUAACGGAACAAUUUGGCGUUGAGUAUGAAUGCACUCCAACCUAUACAGAUUCCUGCAUCAAGAAAGUAAACUUGAUUCCUGUAGAGCUCAGGUACUGCAGAAAACUAAGCAAAGUGAAGCAGAUAAGAUUCUCCCUCCAGGAAACCAGCUUUGAUAGGAGACUCCGGAAGCCGCCUGAUCCGUAUAAAUCUCGCUGGGUGAAGAUAAGGUAUGGAGCUUGGUACCUGAGGCCUGAGUUGUGGAAAAAACUAGAAAAUGAUGAGCCUCUGACUGACCCCAAUGUCAUUGUCGAGCAACCUGUUCCUUCAGACAUUAUUGAUGAACUUUAUGGGACAAUUGCCUUUAAGGACUUCAUCAUGAGCAAAGGCUACUCUAUGCCAGCUAUACUUGAGAAGUUUUUCUUCAGGAAGGGAUGGGAUUACCAAGAUGUUUCUACUCCUAUCCCGAGAGUAGUAAGAGCUCAUGAACUGAAAUAUGCGGAUGAUGAUGAUGACGACGACGACGACGACGAUGAUGAGGAAGAGAAAGAAAGAAAGAAAGAAGAAAGGAAAGAA